AUGGCCGUGUCGCACAGGAAAGGCGAGAUGUCGGUGGGCGGAUUCAAAAAGCAGUACAACAAGUUCACUCAGUAUAUGACUGAGAAGAUGGGUAAAGAUGAGGGGACUAGGAUAGAAGAAGACUAUAAAGACCUUGAGAGGAAAACGGAUGCAACGGUGACUGCUGUGGAGAGUGUAGUAGAAAAAACGAAAGAUUUUUUUACAACCAAACCCCACUGCUCGUCUCAAGAUGUCUAUGAGGAAGUCACAAUACCCCCAGCCAGAGACGAACCUCGGCGAUGUGAAGCACUAAUGGAGGUAGGUGAGAAGAUGAAACAAAUGGGAGACGUCAAGGAUGGCUUGGAGCUGAAUGUGAAAGCCAACUUUCUCGACCCUCUGGCCCAACUCAUGGGCAAGGACGUCAAGGAGAUUAUGCAUCAUCGUAAGAAGAUGUCCGGACGAAGGCUUGACUAUGACGCCAAGAAAAGAAGGCAGGCUAAAGGAAGUAACAUCACCGACGACGAGCUCGCAAUGGCUGCGGAGAAAUUUGAAGAGUCAAAGGACCUUGCAGAGGAGGGCAUGGCUAAUCUCUUGGACAGUGACGUGGAGCAGGUUCACCAGCUGGAUGCCUUUGUGGAGGCGGUGAUGGAGUACCACAGGCAGUGUGCUGAUGUGUUGGAGGCACUCCAUUCCACUCUUCUUGAUCAUAUCACUCAGGCCUCUCAGAGACCGCCCCGAGAACGCAAGGUGAAGCCGAUGAUGACCUCUCGCUAUGACUCUGACGAUGAGGACAGUCCCAACCUUCCCCCGGCCUACAAUCCUCCCGUUCCCUCCAUCUCCUCCUCCACCACCAGGGGAGGAGCUGGCGGCGGUGCAAGGCCCUGCGCGAGGGCUCUGUUUGACUUUGAACCCGAGAACGAAGGGGAGCUGGGCUUCAACGAAGGGGACACAGUCAAUCUCGUUUCAGAGAUUGAUGAAAAUUGGCUCGAGGGAGAAGUAAAUGGAGUCACCGGUUUUUUCCCGAAGAACUAUGUUGACAUUGUAGUCCCACUGUGAAUAUACUCACUCGUCCGAUAAUGACAUUGUCCUUCAAAUGUACACCGCACGAUAUUUUUAGUACGUAUGACGAUAUUGUGUAUAAUGGGUAGAAAUUUUUGCACUGUGGUGUCCCAAGUUCCAAAGCUCGUACUCUCGGAAAAAGACACUGAUGGCAAAACAAACGUUAUUUUACAAAAACCGUUUUACAUACUCCUGUACAAUACACAACCAAUAAAGAGAAAAACGCUAAUAUUUGCACUAUAAUUUGCCCUCCCCCGGCAUCGCACAGUUCACACCAGAGAUUCUUUCACUGCCUUUGCCAGCAUAGAGUUGAAAACCAUCUUCUCACAGUUGACCACGAUUUUCGUGUCCUCCGCGCAGACUAUCGUCAGGAGCACGGGGAGAUUCCCCGUCGAUGUCACCGCUGCAUACCGCUGCAUGUUUGACUUGGUUGUCGUGGCAACGGGAGCCAUGUUGGCGACCUCCAGGACGGCUGGCUGGAGGGAGGCGGGGCUUACGGCCACCGAGAGCUUGCUAAUGUUCUCGUGCAUUCCAGUCAGUUUGUCUUUGAGUGCCAUAAACUUGUCCUCGGAGACAGACAUAGGUCUGAGUAGUUCUCCUACCAGUGGGUCUAUCUGGACCGGAUACCUCUUGCCUGGAGCCACACUAAUCUCAAAUUUGGCCGGCUGUAGAGUGUCGUUGAAAUCGAUCCCCACGGUAACCGUCUGGGAGGUCCCUGCCGUUAGGGCCUUGAUAUUGACGUCCGAGCUCAUUCUCAUUCCGGACUGGAGCUGUGGCGAGCCUGUCCUGAUUCCGCUCAGCGUGGAGUCGCCGCAGUUCUGGAACGUGACGUCGAUGGCCACCAUCUUUGAAGAAGUGAUGUGAGAUCGCCGGCAAAAGUGGUACGUCACCGCCAGGCCAUUACCUGUGAUACGAUUAAGUAAGUCAUAUGUUUUCUUUGGUGUGUGUACUGCAGAUAUAAUCUAUAAGGAGGAGAGGGAGAGAAAUCAGAAUAUCAUGUAAAGAGAAAAAUGAAAGCACUCAGGAAGGAAAAUGAGUAAAGCGAAGAGAAACGAUAGAAAAAUGAAGAGUAAAUGUGAGCAGGGAGAAAAGAAAGAGAAAAAAAGGGUACGGAAAAGUAAAGAUUUGGAGAGAUAUUCAGGAAAAAAAUUUUUUAAAGUUGGCCAGACCUCCUGUGUG